AUGGAUGACUUUACUAAAUAUAUGUUUCCUUUACAGCAUGAUGAAAUUUUGUCAUUUGCUCCAAUCCCAAUCAUUCAUCCCUAUUUAGACCCCACAAUCCAUCAUCAAGAUCUGGAAAAUCAGGGUGCAUCUUCACUUGCUUCACAUCAACAGAAUACUGAGGAGAUCGUCAUUAAUAACAACGUCAACAAGGCCAGGAAAAGGCAGCGAAAGCCAGCAUCAGCUAUUCGAGAUGAUCAGAAUGUUAAGGGGAGGAACCCUGAGCAGAAAAGAGCCUUUCAUAGGGAUAUUGAGCGUCAAAGGAGGCUAGAAAUGGCUAACCUUCAUGCUUCUCUCAGAAAUCUACUUCCUUCUGAAUAUAUAAAGGGAAAACGUUCGAUGUCAGAUCAUGUUCUUGAAGCAAUAAACUAUAUAAAGCACAUGGAGAAGAAUAUUGGAGAAUUGGAAGUAAAGAGGGAUAAACUGAGAAACUUAACGGGUGAAUCGAGCAAUCUAGACAGCAAAAGAGUUAAUGAAACGAACUCUUUGUCUAUUACGUUCACAGUGGAGCCAUGCUCGGGUGGUGGAUUUGAGAUUCUGAUGAAGAAUUACUUGACAGAUAAUAAUUGGUUUCCUCUUUCAAGGAUACUGGAUGUGCUGCUUGAUGAAGGUAUAACUGUUGUUAACUGUGUCUGCACCAAAGUCAAUGAAGAAUGUCUUUACACAAUCCAAACUGAGGUGCUUAUUGUAGCAGGAACUAGUACCACAUCAAGGGCGUUGAGCUGGGUUAUCUCCCUGCUACUGAACCAUAGGCACGUUUUGCAAAAAGCCCAGGAAGAGAUUGACUCUUUUGUUGGUAAAGAGAGAUGGGUAGAAGAAUCUGAUAUCAAGAAUUUAGUCUACCUACAGGCCAUUGUCAAAGAGACAAUGCGACUACAUCCACCAGCACCUGUACCUAUGCCACGCCAAGCCGACGAAGACUUUCGCAUCAUGUUCUUGCAGGCUACUCAUAUGUCAGAUGUUGAUCUAAUUUCUCUGCAGGUUCUCAUCUAG